UGGCUCGUGUCUUGCCGCAGUCACAAUCUUCCAAUCCGUAUAGAGUGAAUGACCAAUAUGGUUUCUCUGAAGUUCAUGGUACUCUUUCUGGCCACCCUGGUUUACUUCCUGGAUGACGUUUCAGCAGUCACGUGCUAUGCGGCACCCCAGGAUCCUAAUUGCAUUGAUUGCAGCCAAUAUCCCUCACAUGUACAUUGCCUGGUUGGGAUAUCAACCACAGUACCUCCAACUCAUAUGAUAAAAAGGCAAUGCCUUGUUCCCAGAAUUUGCAACGUUUUUGAGUUCGUCAGAGCUGUUGUACUGCGAUUUAGGGAUCUUCGAAGACCUCGUAGAAUAUAUUAAAUGUUCUGUU